GUCGGCGAAGGAGACGGAUUGGUCGAGAUGGAUCACAAACGGUCCUAGACGUCAACUGACAGCGCAAAGGGGAGAAGAAAAAGAGACGGAUUGCAUUUCGCACCCUUUUAUGGCACCUGGUGUUUAGAGCAGCGGCAGAAGUGGUACGAUUGUGGCGGGGAUUACGCCGUUGGUCAUUCCUACGACGAAGUACGCUUCAUGGACCGUGGAGAACACCGCUACCGUACACCCAGGACGGACAAUCUCCGGAGGAAGAAUACGACAACGACGGCGCAGCGGAAGGGUGACUACGUGCCAAGCGAAUCGCGCCGGCUGCCGGUGCACGCCCUCACCAAGGAGCACUACACCGAGAACAAGCGGAACAUCUUUAGAUUCCUCAAAGAAAAACGCAAACGCCAGGCCAAGGAUGCCGUGAUGUUCUGGAUGACCUUUCCGGCGCGGAAUCCCUGGAUGAAGUUGAGUUUGAUUCGUACCUGGAUCGGCUGUGCGUGCCGGGAAGAAGCGGAAGAAAACGCCACCGAUUUGGGCAACUAGAGUGACUUUAUGAACGAGUCGGCGAAUGCAAAGACGAGGCCGAUCGUAAGCUAGACAUGGGAUUCGAGAGCCACCAGAA